AUGAGCAGCGACCAGAAGAGCGAUGUUCCUGGAGGCUACUUCGUUGGCCGUCCAACCAACCACGCCGCCGAGAAGACUGAAGAACCACCACACGCCGGCGGCGAGCAGAACCCGGUGGCCGCGCAAACUCCUGGCGCUGUCCGUGCCUCGCCGGCAGUGGAGCUGCGGAAUAGAUCAACAACUGCCUCUUGCUGCCCUGCUAAGGGUGCUCAGUGA